GACUGUAUAAAUUGAACGCUUCACAACCUCCCCAUUGUUAGUCCCUAUGCCGUCUUAAUGGUUGGAAAUUCUAAGCUGGCUGAUCUUCUUGACCUGCCAACUCCAAGUGUAUCCGAAGUUAUUCAAAGUUUGUUAGACAAAUAUGAAAAUUCAGAAAUAUAUACAUGGUUAGGCAGAAGUAUUCUACUUUCAAUCAAUCCAAAAUAUACAUCUGCACAAAAUUAUUCCUGUGACAAUGUGAAUGAAUUUACUGAGAUUUCUUCUUGUUGCUGGAGAAAACCGCAUGUUUUUUCUGUUGCGGAAGAAUGUUUAUGCCAACUGGCUACUACAGGACAUAAUCAAUCAAUUAUUAUUACUGGUACAAGUGGAUCAGGGAAAACAGAAGCUACCAAGCAUAUAUUACAUUAUUUAGCUCAUAAAAGUAGUGUAAAACGUCGAAAACAAAUAGCAAAAACUGAAACGCAUAUCGAGAAUACUAUUCUACAAUCGAAUCCUGUACUAGAAGCCUUAGGUAAUGCACAAACUCAAUUCAAUGAGAAUAGUUCACGUUUUGGUAAAUAUAUACGUCUCAUUUAUGAUCGGAAUCAAAUUCUUGUUGGAGCUAAGCUGCAAAUUUAUCUAUUGGAAAAGCCUAGAGCUUUGUUCACGCCUAAAUCGUUACAUUCAUCAUUUCAUAUAUUCCGUUGGUUUUUAGAAUCUCUCUCAGAAGAGGAUCGUGUACAGUUUUGUUUAAAUGAUUGCCAGUAUCCUAGACGUGAAGAUUAUGGGGAUGAAGAAAGCUCUGGGACAUGUAAACAAUCAAUAAACGACUCGAAUUGGUCCCACUUACUUGAAGCUUUUUCAUCAAUCAAUAUUAAACAGGAGAAAUUGCAUCAAUUUUAUAAAUUAUUAACUGUUAUACUAUUAUUGAACAGUGUUCAUUUCUAUUCUUCUGGACCAGUUGUAAAUAUUGACUUGAAUCAGGGCUCUACUGAUCCACCCAAUUGUCCUCCGCAAUCAAGUGACAGUCAACAAUCACAGUAUUGUGAUGAUCCUGCCGGUAUAGCUGUUCUCACGUCGGAUGAUAUACACAAGAUUAAAAUAGCCGGUAAACUACUUGGUAUACCGGAUGGUGAUGCAUUGGAUCAUUUUCCUCAGCAAUUUUUAACACGUCUUGUUCAAGCUGGUUCUACAUCGUCAUCAUCAUCAUCAUCACAACGAUCUAGGCGAAUGACAACGUAUAAAUGUGCUUGUACAGUGACACAAGCACGUGAACAGCAUAACUGUUUUAUUAAAUCUUUAUACAGCAGUUUGUUUCAUUUUAUGGUCGAUUCAAUUAAUAAACAGUUGAAUUCUGAAGAUCCCGAUGGUCCACUUAAUGAAUUGGGUAUUCUUGAUCUCUUCGGUUUCGAGUGUUUAACUGUGAAUAGUUUUGAACAAUAUUGUAUAAAUUAUGCUAAUGAACGGUUGCAUCAAACAUUUAUGCGAUUAGCUGUUACAACUGCUUAUGAAGAAUUAGAUGCGGAAGGAUUAUCUGAUUUUCCUCCGCCGCCGCCGCUGCCGCCUCCUCCUUUUAUGCCUUCUUCCCAUUCUUUGUCUUCAUCAACUCCAUCUCGUCGUGUUGUCCAUGAAAAUACUUUGGAGCAUAAACAUCGAUUGGAUUCUUCAUUGGCAUUAUGUGAGAGUAAUAUACUUACUCUAAAGGAUAUAGAAAUGAAUGCAAAUUUAUUAGAAGAGGUUUGUCUUCUAAAUCGUGUUCAUACUGUCAAUCCGUUAAAGUUAUCAUCCUCUUCAAAUCCCCCACUGAGUCAUUUAGAUCCACGUGAAAUUGAUUGGAUCAGUAAAAUACAAUCAGUGUUUAAUACACCGAAUUGUUCAAUUCAUUUAUAUGACAAUAAAUAUAUUCGAUCCCCAUGCACUACUGCCAAGAAAACACUGCAAUCGGUAUCGUCGUUAUCAUCUCCUCGUCUAAUCAAGCGAAAUCCAACGUCGAUCACUUCACCCUCACAUUCUUCAGCAUUGCUUAAAAGUUAUCCAAAGGGUGAUGGUGAUCAUUUCAUUGUAAAACAUUAUGGCGGUGUUGUUACCUAUUCAAUAUCAGGUUUUGUAGCUAAAAAUCUUGAUCGUUUACCAAUUCAUUUAUUGACAUGGGUGAAAGAAAAAUCUUUCCCGAGUGGUUGUCAUCCCGAGAAUCUUAUUCAUGUGAUUAUCAACCGUGCAGUAGAGACAGCUAAUCAAGGCAUAAAUUCAUCAUCAAUGUCGAUGCCUUUCAACUCUUCAUCCUCAACACCAAUACCAUCAUCAUCGUCAUCAGCAUCUUCAUUUCAUGCAGAAAGUCCCGGAAAAGUUGUUAGAUCACCGUUAAAACAAAUUCAUAUUCAUACAAAUAAUAAUGACAUUCAUGGGACCAAAAAGUUGGCGUCGCCUACAAAUCGUCGAAUCAAUACACGUCGAUUGAAUACAGUAUUUGGUAACUUUAAAUCAUCUUUAGAUCAACUACUUGAUGUAAUUACUAGUCAUAAUUUAUUUUUCAUACGUUGUAUUCGCCCGGAUAUACCGUCGAAUAAUGUUGUUGGUCAACCGACAACUUCGCCGUCGUUGUCGCCUUCUUCUCCUUGUUCUCCCCCUUCUCCUCCUUCUAUUGAUGCUGACUAUGUUAAAGAUCAACUUGUAAAUAGUGGAGUUUUGGCGGCUUUAGAAGUUCUACGGUCUACUUAUUUUGCAAGGUAUGCAUAUGAUGAGUUUAUCAGUGAGUAUAGAAUAUUCUGGCAUUUAAAUCCACAUCCAUCAGCUAGUCAAUUAUUAGAAUCUGAAUUCCAAUUGUUGAAUUCAUGGUAUUUAAAAUUAACUCAGUUGCCAAAAUCAACGGUGAAACGAACACCACUUAAAUUAAGUCGUGAAACGAGUGAAUCCACCAUACAACAACAGCAACAAUUAGUGUUUAUUCUGUUAACACUUGGAUUGAAUUUAUCCUCAGUUAAACAGCAUAAGAAGUCAACUAUUGUUAAUGCUACUACUAAUAGUACUACUACUAAUCAUAGUAAUAGUAGUAUUAAUUCAUCACAUCAAAUAUUUUCAAGCUUUCCUAUCAUCUAUCAAUUUGGUCGUACACGAAUUCACUUGACAAAGUGUCAGUUUCAACAUUUAAUUAAAUUAAAGCAAUUUAUGGUAAAUAUGAAAGCGAAAGUGAUACAACGGUUUUUCAAAAGAUGUUUAAAGCAUAAAUUAGCGGCUAAACGAAUUCAACGUUGGUGGAGAAGUGCACUGGCCAAUCGUCAACUUGCAUUAGAGCAGUAUUCAACUGCCUUAACAAUACCAUUGUGUAAUGAAAGUCAUAAUAAUGAUGAUGAUUAUGAUGAUGAGUGUGAUAAAGACAGUCUCUUUGAUGAUAACUCAUCGGAUGAUAUUCAAUCGACACUACUGUCAAAUCAAGGAAUAGCAGGUGAACAAGACAUUCAAGAAGUUGAGAUUAAUCGUCAUCCAACAUCAUCCCCUUGUUUUCAUUCAGUCCUUGAAUCGACCGAUUUACCAACUCGUCGAGAGCAUAUUAUUUCACGUCGUUAUCUACCACGAUCGACGAGUAAUCCUCAUCAUCAUCAUCCUAAUAAUAAUAAUAGUGAGACAACAUUUUAUAGUCAAUACAACAAUACUACUACCACUCAUGGUAGUAGUAAAUAUGGAAAUUUAAAAAAACAAUCUAACCUUCUCAAUUAUUUAAUACCUUUUUGUUAUAAAAGUCAUUUUCUUAGAUUUUAUGAAACCCUUGAAUCUGUUAAAGGCCUAUUAGAUAUCAUAUAUGAUCAAUAAUAGUAUUAAUAAACUUUUUUUAGAAAUAA